GUCCUGAAACGUCGACAUCUAUUGCGUGACGUCCCUAAAAAUCACUUCAUGCUUGGACCGGUGCAACGCAUGUGAACUUUGAAAUUCACGAGACUUCGAGAAAACAAUUGCACUGUUAUUGCAUCAUGUGAGUAAAUCCAAAUUUUUUCAAAAACACUCGAUUUUCCAUCAAAACACAAGUUUCUUCUAUUCACCCCUAAUUACAGGAUCUCCAUAAAUUUUAAAGAAUUAAAACGAAAAUUAAAGAACGAAGAUGAUGCUCGCCAGAGUUUGCAGGGCUAGUCUUACGCCCCAAGUGACUAGUCUGGUAAAAUCUCCAGUGGCUCCUAAGCAAUUUAAAACCAAAAUUCAAAGUGUUAGACUCUUUGCCGAUGAAGGCCGUACAACGUUUACUCGUACUGCUCGCAAAAGAGGCACUAUUAUGGAACAGGUCAUGGCACCCGCUGGAGAAUCAGCAUUUAAUGUUGGCAAAGGAGCCAUUGCUGGAGGUGCUGCGCUAGGACUGGGAGCUCUGUGUUUCUAUGGAUUGGGUCUUUCCUCCGAAACUGGUGCCAUAGAUGAAAUGGGAUUGUGGCCACAAUAUGUAAAAGAUCGCAUUCACUCAACUUAUAUGUACUUUGGUGGCUCAGUUUUAAUGACUGCUGCAAGUGGAGCCCUAUGCCUGCGUUCGCCAACUGUUAUGAAAAUCGUCUCGCGUCAAGGAUGGGUUGCUCUAGGCCUUAGUAUGGUUGCUAUGAUCGGAUCAGGCGUUGUAGCCCAGAGUAUUCCUUACAAGGAAGGAUUUGGUGCUAAGCAGAUUGCAUGGAUGAUACACACGGGUGUCAUGGGAGCCAUAUUGGCACCCAUAAGCCUCCUUGGAGGUCCUCUAGUUAUAAAAGCAGCAUGGUAUACAGCUGGAGUAGUCGGUGGUCUGUCUGCCAUUGCUCUUUCCGCUCCCAACGAUAAAUUCCUUUAUAUGGGUGGCCCCCUGGCCAUUGGACUUGGCGUAGUAUUUGCAAGCUCCAUGGGAACCCUUUUCUUACCGCCUACCACUGCUCUUGGUGCAGGAUUACACUCUAUGGCUCUGUAUGGAGGCCUUCUACUCUUCUCCGGAUUCCUUAUGUAUGACACCCAAAGGAUAAUAAGGGAUGCAAAGACACAUCCUCAGGUUGCCUAUGGAUACAUGAAACCAUAUGACCCAAUAAACAAUGCCAUUUCCAUCUAUUUGGAUACCCUGAAUAUCUUUGUAAGAAUCCUAUCGAUCUUAGCUGGUGGUGGUGGAAACAGAAAAAAGUAAACAUCUGAAUAGCCUGCGUACAAAAUAAUUUUACAAAAGUUUUGGUGUAUAAGAACUGAUUAAGCUACUUGAUAGUGAUAAUUAGCGCUUGUGGGCUAUUAUAGUAUAUACUAUUUAAUACUUUUUAGACCAUAAUGAUGUAUUGAUAGUUGUAAAAAUUCUGUUGGUAUAAACUAUGAAAGACUAAUAAAAAUUAUUUAUGUGA